AUGUAUCAGCGAAGUAAACGUGACACAGUUCCUGAAACACAGAGAGACUGCACAGAUCCUCAAAACCCGGUAUAUCCUGACACUGUAACAGAAACAACGGAACGACUGGAAGAUCUUAGAACUAAAAUGGCAGCUAAAGGCAUAAAUGCAUACAUUAUACCAUCAGAGGACCCCCAUAAUAGUGAGUAUAUAGCAGAGUGUCACAAACGACGUGCAUGGAUAACGGGGUUCACAGGAUCAGCAGGUCUUGCCAUUGUUACUGAAACCAAAGCUGCCUUAUGGACUGACGGCAGAUACAGUCUACAAGUUGAGCAACAAUUGGAUUGCAACUGGGACGUUAUGCAGACAAGUAAUGCGGACACUCCUUCUCAGUGGGACUGGUUGAUUGGAAAGUUGACAGGUGGUACUGCGACCGUUCCUCACAAAGUUGGUUUUGACCCAACAUUGUUGUCAAUCAGUGCUUAUAAUAAGUAUGCAGAGGCAUUCAUAGAUGCACAGCCAGACACCUAUAUUGAGAUGCAUUCAAUACCUGACGAUAACCUCAUUGAUGGGAUUUGGGCUGACAGACCAACAUGUACUAAUGAAAAACUCUCCAUUUUAGCAAUUGAAUGGACGGGUCAAGAGUGGUGGGAGAAGUUAAAAAUGCUUCAAGAUGACUAUAUGACUGAUACUGUUGUGGACAUGAUGGUUCUGCACGCCUUAGAUGACACUGCAU